AUAAGUCAAAUGUUGAAAUGUCUUAAAUCAAAUGUCAACCUCGCAAUAACCUGAACGAAAUAAUGUAAUUUAGUUUAAUAAUUAAACUUCAUAUAAGCUCAAAUCAAGAUCAGCUGAAUACUUUGAAGGUUAGAAAAAUUCAAUAUCGAUCUUCGAAAGAACAAUUUUAUAAGAAACAUUACAUUAAUGUACCUAUACAUGCUGUAAAGCAUUUUACUGUGGUAAAUGCUCUAAGAGACAAAAUCUAUAAGGAUUGCAGUGUUAUCAGUGUUCAGACACAAUGUCGUUUGUAUUUCGGCCACCAACUGACCCAAACUUGUCGAAAUUUGUGGAAGACAAUGACUAUGACUCGCUUGCCAAGUAUCUGGUGGGUAACAACCAGAGAUUUCGGGAGAAUAUCAUAAUACCUCGGAUCCUCGGGCCGGUUAUCAUCAAAAGUAAUGAGGAGAAGAUGAUUGAGUCCACUAUUGAGAGCUGCCCUUUCAAAUCAUUGACAAGUUGUAUCAUUGGGUAUGGUCUUGGUGCAGCUGUAGGUCUAUUCACAUCCUCGUUAAUGCCAAAUGUAUCAGUAACUGAUCCGAAUGCAAUGCAAACACAGUCUGCCAGAGAAAUAUUGCGGGAAAUGAGAACAUCUAUGUUAAGCUACGCAAAGAACUUUGCAAUUCUUGGAGCCGUGUUUUCCGGAAUUGAAUGCUGCAUAGAAUCUGCCAGAGGAAAAACUGAUUGGAAGAAUGGAACCUAUGCUGGUGGUGUUACAGGUGGCCUUAUUGGGUUAAGAGGUGGCCUCAGAGCAGGUCUGUUCGGAGCAGCAGGCUUUGCAGCAUUUUCAACGGUCAUUGAUUAUUACAUGCACCAACGUGGAUAAUUAGUAAUUUAUUUAAUAAAUUAAUAUAAUUAUUAUUUAGUGUUUCUUAGCAAUAAACUACCUACUUAGAAUUUAAAUUCGUUUUUUCUUGUCCUAAUUUUAUUUAUCAAA